UGUGGGCUGCGGGGCGCGGCAAGAAGAUGGCGGCAGGUGGCAGCGAUCCGCGGGCUGGCGACGUAGAGGAGGACGCCUCACAACUCAUCUUCCCCAAAGAGUUUGAAACAGCUGAGACACUUCUAAAUUCAGAAGUUCAUAUGCUUCUGGAGCAUCGAAAGCAACAGAAUGAGAGUGCAGAGGAUGAACAGGAACUUUCUGAGGUCUUCAUGAAAACUUUAAACUACACAGCCCGUUUCAGUCGUUUCAAAAACAGAGAGACCAUUGCCAGUGUCCGUAGCUUGCUGCUCCAGAAGAAGCUUCAUAAGUUUGAGUUGGCCUGUUUGGCCAACCUUUGUCCAGAGACUGCUGAGGAAUCCAAGGCUCUGAUCCCAAGCCUGGAGGGGCGGUUUGAAGAUGAGGAGCUACAGCAGAUUCUUGAUGACAUACAGACCAAGCGCAGCUUUCAGUAUUAAUCUCCAGAUACCGCUGCUGCCGGGGGAGCCACAUCACAUCCCCAGCACAGCAUCACUGUCCAGGAUCCGGGGCUGACUUGCACAGAAAUUCUGUUGCAGAAGACACUUGGACUUCCUUUGGGUAGAACAACCCAGCACUUGGUCUUGGUUUAGGUUGCUGUUUCAAGCUGACUGUUGGACCAUGAUGACCAACAUAACCUUGGAGAGGCCUUGCAGUGGCUGCCUGUGGCUGCCUGAGCUUGCCUCUGGGAAGGGUGAGGUGGGUGAUAUGCAUAUAAGCCACCCUGCUGACUGCCUCAUAUCAUGGCCUUUGGCCCUUGUGUUAUUUUUGAUUCUUAAUAUUUUAUGUUUUAAUUUCAGUGUGUUUAUAACUUUUGAAGCUAUACUAAAACAUGUAAAACUGGUAUGGGAAACAGUCUUACCUAAAUGCAAAAGGAGGAAUUAAACCAGACUUGUAUCAUU